UCGCUAGUUUCGGGUGCAAUUAAGUCUAAAAUGCCAUCGACUACUGCCGUAAAUGUAGACGGCAUCCAAUUCGAUAGCAAUGAUGUUUUGGGUCAUGGUGGCUACCAUUCAGUUUAUCGUGGAACAUAUAAAGAUCAAAUUGUAGCAGUGAAAAGAACUUUUAAGAAAAAUGGCAAAGCUCAAGAAGAUGACAACGAAUUAAAAAUUCUGCAACAGUUAAACCAUCCCAAUAUAGUUAAAUUUGUCCACUUCGCAAGCAAUGCCGACUUCAAUUACUUUGCUUUGGAAUUGUGCGACGCAUCAUUGGAUCACGUGUUCCUAAAUGAGGACGAUCCUCAGAAAUAUAAAGGACCUGCAUUACCAAAUAAUUUCGAGGUUUUCUACCAGUUAGCAACUGGUCUCAAAUACAUUCAUUCGAAGAAACUAAUCCAUCGGGACAUUAAACCGGAAAACAUUCUCAUUUCUGUGAGAAAUACUGACCAAGGUGAAGAGAUAACGAUGAAGUGGACUGAUUUUGGAUUGUCAAGAGCAGUGAGUGAACGAGGAACAUUCACAAUGAGUGGACUCAAAGGGACUAUACUUUGGUUCUCUCCCGAAGAGAUGGAAAUUAUGGGCAGAAACCUAAGCACUGAAAAAACUAGAGGCUCAAUCAAAAGCGACGUUUAUUCAGAAGGUCUUGUCUUUGGUUAUAUUCUCUUGAAAGGAAAGCAUAUUUACGGUGAAAAUCAAUAUGAUAUUGUGGUGAACAUGAGGCACAACAAUUCAACCAAUAUGAGUGAAAUUCACCAGACACAUUUAGCACGUAACUUAAUAGAACAAAUGCUGACCAACACACCUGAAACAAGAAUUACAUCUGAAGAAGUUGUUAAUCAGCUUGAAGCCAUAAAUAUCAAACUUAGCGAAAAGGAAAAACAGCUUCAUCAGCUGUCUACAUGUCCCAUAACAGAUUGUAGGAAUAACAUCGAAUCUUUAAUACAACUCGGUGUCGACUUAAACGCAAAGGAUGACGAAGGAUGGAAUGCGCUUCAUCUUUUGUGUCGAAACAAUUCAAGCCCACACUUAAUCGAUGCGAUUAAACUCUUGAUCGAACUCGGCAUCGACAAAAACGCAAAAGCCAACGAUGGAGCGAAUGCGUUUCAUCAUUUGUGUUCUAACAAUUCAAGCCCACAUUUAAUCGAUGCGAUUAAACUCUUGAUCGAACUCGGCAUCGACAAAAACGCAAAAGCCAACGAUGGAGCGAAUGCGUUUCAUCAUUUGUGUUCUAACAAUUCAAGCCCACAUUUAAUCGAUGCGAUUAAACUCUUGAUCGAAAUUGGCAUCGACAAAAACGCAAAAGCCAACGAUGGAGCGAAUGCGCUUCAUCUUUUGUGUCGAAACAAUUCAAGCCCACACUUAAUCGAUGCGAUUAAACUCUUGAUCGAACUCGGCAUCGACAAAAACGCAAAAACAAACGAUGGAGCGAAUGCGCUUCAAUAUCUGUGUCAAUUCAAUUCAAGCCCACACUUAAUCGAUGCGAUUAAACUCUUGAUCGAACUCGAUUUCGACAAAAACGCAAAAGCCAACGAUGGAGCGAAUGCGCUUCAUCUUUUGUGUCGAAACAAUUCAAGCCCAUACUUAAUCGAUGCGAUUAAACUCUUGAUCGAACUCGGCAUCGACAAAAACGCAAAAACAAACGAUGGAGCGAAUGCGCUUCAAUAUCUGUGUCAAUUCAAUUCAAGCCCACACUUAAUCGAUGCGAUUAAACUCUUGAUCGAACUCGAUUUCGACAAAAACGCAAAAGCCAACGAUGGAGCGAAUGCGCUUCAUCUUUUGUGUCGAAACAAUUCAAGCCCACACUUAAUCGAUGCGAUUAAACUCUUGAUCGAACUCGGCAUCGACAAAAACGCAAAAGCCAACGAUGGAGCGAAUGCGUUUCAUCAUUUGUGUUCUAACAAUUCAAGCCCACAUUUAAUCGAUGCGAUUAAACUCUUGAUCGAACUCGGCAUGGACAAAAACGCAAAAGCCAACGAUGGAGCGAAUGCGCUUCAUCUUUUGUGUCGAAACAAUUCAAGCCCACACUUAAUCGAUGCGAUUAAACUCUUCAUCGAACUCGACUUCGACAAAAACGCAAAAACAAACGAUGGAGCGAAUGUGCUUCAUCUUUUGUGUCGAAACAAUUCAAGCCCACACUUAAUCGAUGCGAUUAAACUCUUGAUCGAACUCGGCAUCGACAAAAACGCAAAAGCCAACGAUGGAGCGAAUGCGUUUCAUCAUUUGUGUUCUAACAAUUCAAGCCCACAUUUAAUCGAUGCGAUUAAACUCUUGAUCGAACUCGACUUCGACAAAAACGCAAAAACAAACGAUGGAGCGAAUGCGCUUCAUCUUUUGUGUCGAUACAAUUCAAGCCCAAACUUAGUUGAUGCGAUUAAACUCUUGAUCGAACUCGGCAUCGACAAAAACGCAAAAACAAACGAUGGAGCGAAUGCGCUUCAAUAUCUGUGUCAAUUCAAUUCAAGCCCACACUUAAUCGAUGCGAUUAAACUCUUGAUCGAACUCGGCAUCGACAAAAACGGAAAAACCAACGAUGGAGCGAAUGCGCUUCAUCUUUUGUGUUAUAACAAUUCAAGCCCACAUUUAAUCGAUGCGAUUAAACUCUUGAUCGAACUCGGCAUCGACAAAAACGCAAAAACCAACGAUGGAGCGAAUGCGCUUCAAUAUUUGUGUCAAUUCAAUUCAAGCCCACACUUAAUCAAUGCGAUUAAACUCUUGAUCGUACUCGGCAUCGACAAAAACGCAAAAGCCAACGAUGGAUGGAAUGCGCUUCAUCUUUUGUGUCAAUUCAAUUCAAGCCCACACUUAAUCAAUGCGAUUAAACUCUUGAUCGAACUCGGCAUCGACAAGGACGCUAAGGACAAAAAUGGAUCAAAUGCGUUUCAUUUGUUGUGUCGAUACAAUUCAAGCCCAUACUUAAUCGAUGCGAUUAAACUCUUGAUCGAACUCGGCAUCGACAAAAACGCAAAAAACAACAAUGGGUCGAAUGCGCUUCAUCUGUUAUGUCGAUACAAUUCAAGCCCAUACUUAAUCGAUGCAAUCAAACUCUUGCUUGAACUCGGCUUUGAUAGAAACGCAAAGGAGAAAGAUGGGUGGCAUGCGCUUCAUCUUUUGUGUCGAUACAAUUCAAGCCCACAAUUAGUCAAUGCAAUCGAAUUUUUUAUUCGCCUCGGCAUCGAUUUAAAUGCAAAGGAAAACGAUGGGUGGAAUGCGCUUCAUCUUUUAUGUCGAUACCAUUCAAGCUCAUACUUAAUCGACGCAAUUAAACUUUUGAUCGAACACGGCAUUGACAAGUACGCUAUUGGGAAGGAUGGAUCCAACGCGCUUCAUCUUUUGUGUCGAUACAAUUCAAGCCCACAAUUAAUCGAUGCGAUUAAACUCUUGAUUCAACUCGGCAUCGACAAGGACGCAAAGGAUAACAAUGGAUGGAAUGCGCUUCGUUUUUUGUGUCAAUACAAUUCAAGCUCACACUUAAUCGAUGCAAUUCAACUUUUGACCGAAGGCGGCAUCGACAAAAAUGCAAAGGGGAAAGAUGAAUCCAACGCGCUUCAUUUGUUGUGUCAAUACAAUUCAAGCCCACGUUUUAUCGAUGCAAUCAAACUUUUGCUCGAACUCGGCAUCGACAAAAACGCAAAGAGGAAUGAUGGAUUCAACGCGCUUCAUUUUUUGUGUUAUAACAAUUCAAGCUCACACUUAAUUGAUGCAAUCAAACUCUUGCUCGAACGCGGCAUAACCUUAAACCCAAAAGAGAACGAUGGAUGGAAUGAGCUUCACCUUUUGUGUCGAUGCAAUUCAAGCCCACACUUAAUCGAUGCUAUUGAACUCUUAAUCAAACACGGCAUCGACAAGGACGCAAGAACCAACGCUGGUUCCAACACACUUCAUCAUUUGUGUUAUAACAAUUCAAGCCAACACUUGAUCCCUGCAAUGAAACUCUUGAUUAAACUGGGAAUCGACAAGGACGCAAUUAACAACGAUGGAUUGAAUGCGCUUCAUAUAUUAUGUUUAAACAAUUCAAGCCCAUAUUUAAUCGAUGCGAUUAAACUCUUGAUCGAAGUCGGCAUCGACAAGGACGCAAGGGAUAACGAUGGAUUGAAUGCGUUUCAUCAUUUGUGUGGAUCCAAUUCAAGCCCACACUUAAUCGAUGCGAUUAAACUUUUGAUCGAAUUCGGCAUCGACAAGGACGCAAGGGAUAACGAUGGAUUGAAUGCGUUUCAUCAUUUGUGUUCUUACAAUUCAAGUCCACGCUUAAUCGAUGCGAUUAAAUUUUUGAUUGCACUCGGCUUCGACAAAAACGCAAAAACCGACGACGGAUUCAAUGCACUUCAUCUUUUGUGCCGAUACAAUUCAAGCCCACACUUAGUUGAUGCGAUUAAACUCAUGAUCGAACUCGGCAUCGACAAAAACGCAAAAACCAACGAUGGAUGCAACGCGCUUCAUCUUUUGUGUCGAUAUAAUUCCAGUUCAGAAUUAAGGGAAGCAAUUCAAAGCUUAAUCCAACACGGAAUCAACGUGGAAGAAAAGACAAACGAUGGAUGGAACGCGUUCCAUUUUUCGUGUCAAAACAAUUCAAACUCAAAUUUACUUAAAAUGUUUUCAAUUUUAAUAAAAAAUGGAGUGGAUAUCAACGAGAAAACCAAACAUAAUGAAAGUGCAAUCGACAUCUUAGUCAAGAAUCAUAUUGAUGAAAAUUUGAAAUCAAACGCCCUCAGAUUUCUAAUUCGAUAUGGGAUUCACGUGCACCUCGGUAAAAAAGCGAGUCCAAAUGUGAAUCAUUACUUUUUCAACGAAAACGAUUGUGGAGAGUUUUUAAACCUACUGGCCGAGAAAGGAAUCCGUUUGGGAUGGCAUGAGGAAUGUGAAAAUUGCAAACAAAUGCUAUCAAUUGAGGGAAAUCCCCGGUUACGAUUGCAGCACCACCACAUGUUUGGCAUCUGUUACGAAGUAUUUGACUUCCUCAUGAAACAGUUAGAAACAUGGGCAAAAUCAAAUCAAAAAUCCGGGGAAUCAGAGCUCGAUAUAAGCAAUCCAGCAGAGUGGCUGCGCAAAAAAGCAGAACAAUAUCAUCAAAAUGAAACCGAAAAAAAGUACAAAGAAGACUUGCAAGUAAUGGCUGAGGUCAGUGAUCAAGUCCAAGACGGGAGCAACUCAGGUGAUUUUAACUGUGACAACUAUGAACGCUAUUUGAGAUCCAUGUACUCGAUUGCGGAAAUGAUUAACUCCAAGGAAUCAAUGGGACAAAUCAAAUGGAUUUAUCUUUUACCUCUUGAUUUCCUCAUGGAUUACGAAGAUGAGAAAGAACCAGGCAUCAAACGAGCGAAAAUGGAAUGGGACAAAACGCUUUACAUCUGGGCACACAAAGAAACUGACAAACAUUACGGCAAAUUUAUGAAAGAAGAUGCCAACGAGGGCUUUUUCCUGCCGGACGAGUACAAGCACAAUUGUCAUGGUGAGCUUUAAUACUGCAAAUUUUGCAUAUAUUAGCGAAUAGGGAGGGGGUUCAGGUUUCCGUUUUAAUUAUUCGCAUUAUCUUCUACUUAGUUUGUAGUUUACGGUAACGGUGUAGUGAGACCUAAUUAUUAAUUCAUUUUUACGGUCCUAGUGAACGUGAAAUUAAGUUUUAAAAAAGAAAUCAAUCAACAAAAAAAAUAAUUCCCAAAUUACUACAAUAACGUUGUUUUCCCUUAAAAAAGCGUUAUUGCUUUAUCGUAGAAUUUGAUGGCAAAUUACAAGAACAUUAAGCGGUGCAACACCUUAAGGAAAUGUUUGUUGUAAUUUAUAGUUACGCCAUCUUAAUCGAUUAAAGAAUGUAGCAAUUGCUCAUAACGGAAAAAACAAACCAAGAGGGGCAAAUAGACUAGGAUAGAUUAGUCAACAGUAAGCGGGAAAAAGAUUUCAGAUGGAACACCUCCAGUUUUUUAACUCGAAACGGGAUGGAAGUGCAUCGCAAAUAUGAUGUGACGCAACAGAUGGAAACAGAAGCCUGGCUAUUUUUGGAACAAGAGUUUAUGAUUUGUUUACUGAAUAAUAGCCUAAUGUUGUGCUGAAUUUGUAGUUUCCCUAUUCUAGUAACGGCAAUAAAAUACA